UGAGUGUGUCACCUCUGAGUUGGUGUGUUAAAGGUGAUAAAGGUGAUUAGAGCGUCCCUGUGGCGGCCGCAGAGCCGCGCAGGAGACUGCACCUGUUGUGAUCUGUGUGGAUGUGCGGGGCGUGUGCGCGCCUUGGAUAUAUAGACCUCAGUCUGCUGUGCUGUUUUAAUGGCUGACAAACUCAAACCAUAGAGAUGUGAGUGUGUGUGUCUGUGAGUGUUUGCAUUUAGUGCCACGACUGUUCCAACUGUUUCUCAAAAUCUCUUUCCAGCUGCUUGUGUGCGCGUCAGUGCGCGCUGUGCGGGUUUGAUUGGGUGAUUAUAGGUCCAUCACACACGCGCCAUAAGUGUAAUUACAGUAUAAUUGUUUCAACACGCAGCGGGGUGUAAAGCACUCCAUCACACACUAUAUACAUCAUGCUUGGUGGCUUUAUCAGCCUGUUCACUCAGCCUGUUUGCCUAUUGGUUCUGAUAAAUGGGGACUGGCUGCAGUCUGAAGCCCAAUUGUAUUCGUUCUCGUUGCCAGAUGCUCUCAAAGUCCACAGUCAUAAAGCAUGAUGGCCAAAUCUGUCACCUGCCUCGCACACAUUCAUCAUCGGAAACCCUGGAGGGGAGCCGCCUGUGGAUGGGAGCGGAUGGUGGGGAGCUGUAUUGUGGUUUUUUAAAUUAUAUAUAUAUAUUCUCGGACACCCCAUCCUCGGUGCGGUGAGAGUGACAUGUAGCAGCAGCUUGGAGCGUCAGGCGGUCUGAGUCCAGCUGCGCUCCAACCGCCGCUGCAGAUCCGCGCAACGUGGCAAAACCAUCAGGGGGUGUCCAGUUCCUUAUUCCCCCCACGUCGGGUGGGACUCUUUUAACUUCCAGGGCGCGUCUUUCAGACCUCCUGACAGAAGAUCAAAGGCUCACAUCUCCGGUGGCUGGACUGGUGGUGAAGCUCCACAGCAGCCGAGCGGGUCAGACACUGCGCACUGGAUGACCCAGGCUGAACUCCAGGAGAGGAGGCUGUAGGCGACAGGAUGGACAGCCCAUCCAGCGCCUCUGUUGUGGAAUCGUUGUUAGAAGGCAGCAUUGAUGGGGAGAAGAUGCCAUUCCACCAUGUGCGGGCGGGCCUGCUCUAUCCAGACAACUAUCUGAGCAGCUCCCUGACGGAAGGCAGCGAAGCCUUCCAGCUCACCAGCAUCUCCACAGAGGAGCUGGGAGAGAUCCGUGAGGCGUUUCGUGUUUUGGAUCGUGAUGGGAAUGGUUUCAUCUCUAAACAGGAGCUGGGAAUGGCCAUGCGCUCCCUGGGUUACAUGCCCAGUGAAGUGGAGCUGGCUAUCAUCAUGCAGAGACUGGACAUGGAUGGGGACGGCCAGGUGGACUUUGAGGAGUUCAUGACGAUACUGGGGCCCAAGCUGCUAUCAUCCGACAACAGAGAAGGAUUCCUGGGCAACACCAUCGACAACAUCUUCUGGCAGUUUGACAUGCAGCAGCUGUCUCUGGAUGAGCUGAAGCAGGUGCUGUUCCACGCCUUCCGGGACCACCUGACAAUGAAGGACAUAGAGAACAUCAUCAUCACCGAGGAGGAGAGCCUCAAUGAAACCUCAGGGAACUGCCCUGAGUACGAGGGAGUCCAUCCCAAGAAGAAGAAUCGGCAGACGUGUGUCAGAAAAAGCCUGAUCUGCGCCUUCGCUAUGGCUUUCAUCAUCAGUGUCAUGCUUAUCGCAGCCAAUCAGAUGCUGCGGAACGGCAUGGAGUAACCAAUUGCACUGUGAGCAUGGGGAGUGGACAGAACAGCCAUGACCUCACAUCUUGUCUUUGCAGCCAAAGCUGGACCAGCCACAACCCCAGCACUUCUCGAAACAAUCAGUUGAGUUUUUUUCUUUGUAUGUUUUUAAGUUUAAUUUGAACCUACCUUAUAGUAAAAAAAAAAAUAA